UGGGCUGCGCGGGCACGUGGGCCUCCGGCUGUCAAUCACGGGCAGCCGAGCUGGGAGAGGCGGGAGUGGGGACGGCGGCGGCGGGCGGCGGCGGUGGCGGCGGCGAUGGGACCCCAGCGAGAGAUCUGCGGCUAGGUCGGCUGCACUUGCUCCACGGGUCGGGGAUUGGAGGGACAGGACUGUGGAGAGCUCCCAGGGCGCCAGACAGGCCAGCGCCUUGGUGGAAGACGCAACUACCAUCAGUUUCUUCAGACACAACAAGAAAGGUGGCUGAUGAAAAGAAAGGACACUGCCGAGAAAGACAGACAAGAACCAGGAGAGGCAAAGACGAGAAUCUAGGAGACAGAAGGUAGUGAGAAUUGAAGAAUGAGCUUCUAAAAGGAAAGAUCACACAGUAAACAGGCAGAGGACAAGGAGAACAUUGAAGCUGGGAAGAUGACUUCCUGUAGCAACACCUGCGGAUCCAGGCAAGCCCAGGCCGACACCGAGGGUGGGUACCAGCGCUAUGGAGUCCGGUCCUACCUGCACCAGUUUUAUGAGGACUGCACUGCCUCCAUCUGGGAGUAUGAGGAUGAUUUCCAGAUCCAGAGAUCGCCGAACAGGUGGAGCUCAGUAUUCUGGAAGGUCGGACUCAUCUCAGGCACUGUCUUUGUGAUUCUCGGACUGACUGUCCUGGCAGUGGGCUUUCUCGUGCCCCCCAAAAUCGAAGCUUUUGGCGAAGCUGAUUUCAUGGUGGUUGACACACACGCUGUGCAGUUCAAUGGCGCCCUGGACACAUGCAAGCUAGCGGGGGCUGUUCUCUUCUGCAUUGGGGGCACGUCCAUGGCAGGGUGCCUACUGAUGUCCGUGUUUGCCAAGAACUAUUCCAAAGAAGAAAAGUUCCUGCAGCAGAAGUUUAAAGAGCGAAUCGCAGACAUUAAAGCCCAUACCCAGCCCAUCACUAAAGCUCCAGGCCCAGGUGACACCAAGAUCCCGGUCACUUUGUCCAGAGUUCAGAACGUGCAGCCUCUGUCAGCCACUUGAAACAUUUGCCACCCCAGGCCUCCCCCUCUCUGAGUCACACGCAUCAUCAUUAAAAAAAGAAAAGAAAAAAGAAAAAAAAAAGGCAGGCAGCCAGUUAUUGAGAUGACAUGCAUUUGGCAGUGACCUAUCCCUAGAGCCACAUGGGGCUGGACUAAGUGUCCUGCAGGCUUAGUUCAGGUGACGGUGGGUGUUAGGUGUCUGUCUGUGCCCGCUUCCGAGUUCUGCCAGCCCCUCUACCAGUUAGUCUCUCUGGUCGGUCAAUGUUGUGUCAAUGUUACUUGAAAGCACUGAACGGUUUAGAUCAGCACACCAAUCGUCAACGUGAUCCACUUCAUUCUCUAAUUGGUUUUCCUGACCCUUCCGUGUGGUGCUGUCUUCCACGCCUAUCUCUGUGUAUGAUAUCAUCAUGUGCUCGUAGAAGCGCUGUCUCCUGUUUUGGGUCUGGAUGUCAGAUUUUUUAACUCUAUCUUAGUGUAAAAUUCCUAAGGAUGAAAAGGAGUUUAUGAAUGUUCCGUGUAAAUCAUCUUGUUUUCUCCAGAAUUUUUUUUCUUUUCACUUAAAGAGAUAAAAAUUGCCAAUUUUAGAAUCUUGGUUAAUGCAACAAUAACAAUAUUGGGAGUAUAUAUUUAUGUCAUAUCUGAAAACAGUUAAACACGGGAAAACUUUACUUUCUGCCAUUAACUGUGCCAUGUGACUUUGCAGGAAAAAAAAAUUGUCCCCAGGGCCUCAGUUUCCCUUCCUGCAUAUAAAGGUUUAAGAACUUUCUUUGCUCAAGAAAUCUGAACUUUUUCAGCCGUGUGUCACUGAGAUGCUCUUCUGGGGCUAUUUGUGAUGGUCUCAUGUUGGGGUACUUGUCAGAACUGUACUCCUGGCACCUCCAACUCAGUAUACUUUACAGUAUUUACCUUAAAUACCCAACCCAAGCAGGCUGGACGACGCUUGCUUGCUUGCUUGCUCCUAUAGAGACAAGUAAGCUAUCCUCAAAUAAGAAGCUCCAGGUCGGUAUUAACCUUAAUUAAGGUUGAGACUUUUAAUCCUCAAACAGGAAAAACCAAGCCCCAAGCCCCCAAAAUGUGCCCCUAAUCCCUUGCAUGUUCAUUUGAUCUGCAAAUGUAGAUUAGGCUGAGGCAAGGAAAAGGCAGUCUGUGGUACUCUCUCCGCUGUACCCCUUGGAGUUCUGUCUUGGUACGCAUACAUAGUCUUCACUUAAAGGGUAAAUAAAACACGUGAAUGAGCUGGACCAGAACAGCACUGUCAUCCCUCCAGCGUGGCUCUUCUGUCUCCAACAUGUAAUUUUCCAUUCUGAGACCGAAUAAGCUCUGAUGUUUCCCUGACUAAAUGGAAGAAUAAAUGAAGCAAUUAGUGGUC